AUGUAUAAUAAAGCUAAUGAGACCUGGGUGAGCAACUGCCAGGAUUGUGUAUGUGACCCAUACAGUCUGGAAAUCCAGUGCCAGCCGGUGGCAUGCCAACAUCAGCCUCCUCUCACCUGUGAUCAGGAGGGCCAAGUUAAGGUCAUAGAAACCGUUGACUGUUGUCAAAAGGACAAAUGCGAGUGUGAUGUCACACGAUGCUCUACUUCCAAGAUAACUUGUCCAGUCGGAUUCGAGACAGAGGCAACUAUGGAAGUCUGCUGCCCAACGUAUCAAUGCGUGCCAAAGGAUGUCUGUGUGUUUAACAACACUGAAUAUCAGCCAGAUCGAAGCUCCUGCAGUAGAUGA